AUGACACAGUUCCCAAUUUCUAAGCCAGUAGCAGACGUCAUUGUGCUUCCGCUACCUGAGAACAUCCAGUCGGCGAGAGAGAAAGAGUUUCCUAUCUGGAAAUUUGGACUUUUCACGAGGUUGGCGCCACAGGUCGCAGUUGUGCUUAUGGUCACAGUUGUCGUGGUCGACGUUGUUUGCGUGGCAGUGACAUCUACCACAGCAGUUACCACUUCCGCAUCGGUUACGGAGAUGGUGCUAGUGACUGUGGUUUCAACAGUGGUAGGCACGGUCACGGUCACGGAUGAGGUGGAUGUGACAGUCAAAAUGUCUGUGAUGUCUAGAGUGGCCGACUGCGUGGUGGAAGCAGUGACAUCUGUGGUGACUGUAGUAGUCUCAUCCAGAGUCACUGUGAUGAACUCGCUAUUUGUCAGCGUCGUGGAGACCUCGCUGGUCGCGGUCAAAGUCUGA